AUGAACCCCAAGGAGAUCUGGGCCAACAUUGGCGGUUCGAAUGCGCGGGGCAAAAACCAUCAAUUCCCGCCGUGGGCGCCCGCACUUGGGGCAGACGUGCCUGAGGGCGACUACAAUAAGAUCAUGGACGCCCUCCGGCCCUUGUUAGCAAACCAACCCCACCGGCAAGAUUGUGUUGCAGAUUGCUCCUCUUUGCUCUGCGGCGCCACGCUGGGAAUCCUCUCCUGUCCUUGGUGCUACCUGAAGAUGAAGAUCCACAAGUUCAACGCGAAGCUGAAGGAGCUUCCCGGCAGUCUGGGAUUGACUGGGGUUCGCAUUGAGUUGACGGAGGGGGGCUACGAGGAGAAUUGGGUGGAUUCGGAAGGGCAGCCUUUGAUGUUACGAUUUCGCCCUCGGGGGCCACCUUGGGGCUACAACGUCAUUUUUACCUUGCCAGCAAGUCUGUCAUGGCCGCCCAAUGGCGCGCCAGGACAACACAUGAUGGCGGCCCCAGCGACCGCCGUUGUCAUUGGGGCUCAAGACGUCGCCCAGAAGAUCAUGUCGCUCAAGCAGUUGCUCGAUGCAGGUGCGCUUACUCAGGAAGAGUUCGACGCGAAAAAGCAGCAGCUCAUGGAUCAGAUGUGGGGCUUUCCGCACGUGGACUCUCUGGGCCUGGAGGGCCACCUGGAAUGCCAGGAGCUGGAGAGGGCCACUGCCGAGAAGAGGGAGCAGCAGGCCUUCAUCGCCAGCAUCAUCGAGGAGAAGCAGCGCCAGUGCCAGCAGGCCAAGGAGCAGCACCAGGAGAAGAUCCGCGCCCUCGCGCACCAGGCCCGGCGGGCCUCGAGGGCGAGGAAGGCGGCAGGCACGCGGGGCUCUGGCGGCGCCAUCCCGGUCGCCUCCGGGGUCGCCCCCGCGGGGCCGCCGGGGGCCGCGCAGGCUGCGACGCUAGACCUGGCGUUGCUAGACAAGAUGUCACCGGGGACGCUGCCUUCCACCUCCGCCAGCGCGCGGCAGGCGCUGGGCGAGAAGAGGAGGAGACAGCUCCUCGGAGGCCAAGCAGACGAGGGCGUCGCGGUCACCAGGGCCUGCGACGCCGCCUGUCUGGACUCCCUGAAGCAGGCCCUUGAGCGGCGGCUGGAGCUCCUGCAGGGCAUGAACGCGCGGCUCCGGCAGGCCCUCGGCCCCGCAGGCCAGCCGGGCGGUGGGCCCCUGGUCGGGGGCACGGAGGAGUUUGCCAGGCUGGAGCGCGAGGUUGCAGUUUUGCUAAGUCCCGACGUUGCCGUGUAAGCACCAGCAGGAACAAGUCGGCAAGUUUACGCGUUAGGAUAGUAGUUGCGCAUGUCUGCAUCAGUUCUUGCUUUGACGCCUGGCUAAACCCAAUAAGUAUCAUGCGUUGGUAAAGUUGUCGGCCGUUGUUCUCUUCCUGUGCUGGCGUCUUCGUACGGAUGCUCGCAUCCAUGUUCUGGCCGUGUCACCCUCUGGAAUGUACAGUCAAUGAGUUCGAAUGCGCGAUGCACUCGAUAGAAAUAGCGCUGGGGAAGCACGCUGUCUUGAGUGGAUCAGUCUCCACACUUCGAUCGAACCACUUGUUUUUGUUCUGGAGUUCACUGGAUACGAGAGUUCUGGAUAGCGAAAUCCCAG